AUGGAACCUACCACUUCUAGCAUCACAUCUGACGAUAACAGUGUCAAAUAUAGCUCCAUCGCUCCAGCUGACCCAAAGCUUGAUCCUGAACCCAUCCCAUUUGAAUGGUCAUUCGAUAAUCUUUCGAGCGGGUAUUCAACCACUCUGAGGAAGCAAUACAUCAGCGUCGAGAUGACCCCUACGCAUACGAGUACGAGCGCACCUUAUGUCAUUCCAUUCGAACCUCAAGCUGCGGACGAGAAGGAGAGACAGAAUCAGAAUAUGAAAUCCCUCUUGGACAGUAUUCGCACAUCUAACGAAGAAGGAUGGGAAUCCGUCUUAGACCUCCCAAUCGAAGAACAAGAAUGGAUGAAUCGCAAUCAUCCAGGACGAUACGAUGCCGAACGAUCUCAAGUCCAAAGGUCCAUACAGUCAAUCGAAGAUAUCUAUGGGGAUACCGUACCGACAGGAGGGUAUAUUCAGUUCCAACAAGAUGGUUUAACUACUGAGAUCAAGGCUAGGGAAGGCAAAGAAAAUACCUGGGUGAUGAGUAUGAUGACUGCUAGAGGAGCGCCGUUCUCUGGAAAGGCGUUUUCGCCUGAUCUUGAUGAUAAAUACGAAAUACUAAGUAUUCAAGCUUCUUCGGGUAUAUCGCCUUCCUUACAGUUCGGAUAUGGACCAAGACCCCGACCCUCACCCUCAAGCUCAGGUAAUUCUAUCGGUGCAUUCAUUAGUGAUCUACACGAGAAUACAAUGAACCAUCCUCAAUGGUCUAAAAUCCUCAACAAAGCUUUCAAAGCUCAACGUACCUGUUUCUCAAUGGCCGAUUGUGAUGGUUUAGAUGGAUUGGCAUAUGUGGCCGAUGGCUUCGAAGUCAAGGUCUCGAAAGCUAAUCCAGACGAGAGGGAAGAUUAUGGAAUUGAAUAUAAAGUCGAAUUUACACCUUGUGAGAGAGAAUCACAAGCCUGA